AUGGCCACAGUCGCCAAUUCUCACCUCUCAAAACGCCUGUCACCGCUAGUCCCUGAAUCACGUUGGCUGGUCAACACCUUAACCUCAAUCCUCCAGAAAACGGUAAACCCAGAGACGGAGCUCCCCGAUAUUCUCAACCAAUUCUCACCCCAUUUGACGCCCAAAUUAGUCAUCCAAGUUAUUAACAACCAAACAAGCCCUAACCAUUCUCUUUACUUCUUCAACUGGGCUGCUAACUUAAACCCCAACGCCAGUAAUUACUUCCACACACACCAUUGCUACAUUGCCAUUGCUGAUAAGCUAAUAUCCCAUAGAUUAUUUUCUUUGGCAACUAGAUUACUUGAAUCCCACGACAGAUAUUCUGAUUUUAUGGUGGGGAAAUUUAUCAAAGCUCAUGGGGAUUUAGGCCAUUUAAAUUGGGCUGUUAAGCUUUUUCAUCAUGUAAAAGAGAGAGAAUUUGGGGACUGCUUGUUUUCGUAUAAUGCAGUCUUAGGCGUUUUGGUUAAGGCUAAGAGGGUUAACUUGGCCUGGGGAUUCUUCGGGAUGAUGAUUAAAGAGGCUGUUGUAAAGCCUGAUGUUUCAACAUAUACAACAAUGAUUAGGGGGUUUUGUCAAAUAGGCAUGAUUGAGCAUGCCGAGAAGGUGUUUGAUGAAAUGUCCCGAAUGGGGUGUGAGAGAAAUUUGUUUACUUACAAUACUAUUGUUCAUGGGUUCUGUAAGAAAGGUCUAAUGGAAAAUGCUCGAAGCAUUGUAGAUAAAAUGGUUGAGAGUAGGGUUUAUUUGCCUGAUAUGGUUACUUUUACCACAUUGAUUGAUGGGUUUUGUAGGAUUGGGAAUACAGACGAGGCCAUGAGGUGGUUUGAUGAGAUGGGGAAGAGGAAUAUCAAGCCUAAUGUGUCAACCUAUAAUGCUCUGAUCAAUGGAUUGUGUUUGAAUGGAAUGGUCGACGAGGCCAAGAAGAUGCAGACUAGGAUGAGACUUAGUGGAGUGAAGGAUAAUGUAACUACUCAUACGAGUUUGCUGAAGGGAUAUUGUUCUGCAGGGCGAUCGAAUGAGGCCAUUCAACAUUUCAGGGAGAUGGUUGGUUCUGGUUUGGAGCUUGAUCAGAAAUCAUAUGCAGUUAUUGUAAAUGAGCAUUGCAAGUUGAAAAUGCCAGAUAAGGCUAUUGCUCUGUUAAGGGAAAUGAGGGUGAAAGGCAUUAGUCCACCUAUGUAUGGUUAUAAUGCUGUACUUAGGAGUCUUGUAGAGCUGGGUGAGCUUGAUAAAGCCGUAUUUCUUUUGAAACAGAUGCCACAGAUGGGUUGCCAUCCAAAUUUUUUAUCAUAUAGUGCAGUGAUUUGUGGCCUGGUAAGGGCUACGGGAAGGAUGCAAGAUGUAUGGAUGCUAGUUAACAACAUGCUUCAGGAUGGUAAUAGGCUCGACACCACUUUAUACAAUUGCUUAAUUUGGGGAUUUUGCGAGGAUGGAAAUGUGGAAAUGGCUAUGAACUUUUUCUUGAAAAUGAUUGAUGAGAGAUAUUUGAUUAAUCUUGAAUGCUUUGAAGUGUUUGUCAAGAAACUGGUCGCUGAAGGAAAGUUAUUUGAGAUUGAAAAGCUUUUUGAGCAGAUGAGAAAAUGCUGCCCAAUGAAGGAGAUCCACAGUUAUCAAAAGGUUCUAGACGAGGUUUUAAGGUGA